UGUUGAGAACGAGCGAAUGCUGUUACGUAACAGUACGUAUGCUGACAUCUACCUGCCCACUUUCUGAGACAUAAAACAUAUCAAUAUUACAAAUAAAGUAAUGGUACCUAAUGUAUUCUUAUCCUAAUCGAGCUUCAUUAUGGAUAAGAAUCGAUCUGUCGUCACGUGAUCCAGACAACAUUGUUUUCUCAGACAAACAAUGACCUCGUGCACCCACCAGAAUACAUUUCUAUAACAGCCAUAUCUAAAACAGCCCAUAAUAAACCUAACAAAAGCCCAUCUGCUUAAAUCCGCAGCCAUUUGGUUGAGACUUGAGCUGAAGGGGGACAGGACGUUGCAUUGACGGGUUCUCCACUCGUUCUUUCCCAUUUUUUCUCCGUACACGGAAAGCUCCUGCCCCCUGAUCCCUCAAGCGCCCGGAUGCACACCAGCAACAGUCAGUCAGUCAGCCAGUCAGGACGAACAUGGUCGCCAGAGCUGAAGGGAGUGUUUAGGAGUCUCCGCGCUGAAAUUCGCUCCAUUAAAGCGAGGGCUGUUAUACUGAUAGCCGAAGCACGUUAAAGCCUCUCCGGAGGACUGGAUUCUCUUCUCGCUGAAGGCGUCUUUGUGGACAGGACACUUAGAGGGCCAAACAAUGGAAUACUCUCUCCUGCCUACACUGCUCAGCACUCUACAGACUGAGGUUAAACGGCUUAGUUAGCAGUGUGCCUCUCCCCCAAGAACUCUUUUAGCCUGGGGAAAGUUGGGAAAAAAAAAACAGGCGAAGGAGAGUUUCCUUCAUAGUACAGCACCUUACUCCAGUUCUUUGUAGUUGUUUGUUUGGGUUUCAUUUGUCUUUGUGUGAACAAAAGUCAAGAUGGAUUUGGAGCCGUACCUGUGGAUGGUCGUGAUUGGCUUCAUUAUAGCCUUCAUCCUGGCAUUUUCAGUGGGGGCCAAUGACGUGGCAAACUCGUUUGGCACAGCGGUCGGGUCAGGGGUGGUGACACUACGUCAGGCCUGCAUCCUGGCUUCCAUAUUUGAGACCCUUGGCUCCAUGCUCCUCGGUGCCAAGGUCGGGGAAACCAUUCGGAAGGGAAUUAUAGAUGUCAGUUUAUACAAUGAAACGGUGCCGAUACUGAUGGCGGGAGAGGUCAGCGCCAUGGUCGGGUCUGCGGUUUGGCAACUCAUUGCCUCUUUUCUGAAGUUGCCCAUUUCUGGAACUCAUUGCAUUGUGGGAUCUACUAUUGGCUUCUCCAUGGUUGCUAUUGGCACUAAAGGAGUACAGUGGAUGCAGUUAGUCAAAAUUGUUGCUUCAUGGUUCAUCUCCCCUCUGCUGUCUGGUCUCAUGUCUGGUCUGCUUUUCUUCAUCAUCAGAUAUUUCAUUCUUAACAAGGAUGACCCUGUUCCCAAUGGUCUUUGUGCUUUGCCCCUCUUCUACGCAUCAACCAUCGGAAUCAACACCUUCUCCAUCAUGUACACUGGAGCUCCCGUACUGGGCUUGGAGAUGCUCCCUGUCUGGGCUGUUGCCCUCAUUACUUUGGCUGGUGCUCUGGUAUGUGCCGGUCUGGUCUGGAUUUUUGUUUGCCCCUGGAUGAGAAGGAAAAUAGCAAGUCGGCUGAAGAAAGAGCAUGCUCUUUCCCGCAUCUCUGAUGAGAGUUUGGAUAAAAUCCCGGAGGAGGAAGAGGAAGCCCCUGUGUUUAAAGAGCUUCCAGGUGCGAAAAGCAACAACGAUGCUGUGCUGCCCCUGACAGAGGAGUCCACAGGAGAGCUGAACAGCCUGGCUAAUGGAGGCACCGUCCUGCCCAACGGCAGAGUGUAUGGUCGCACCAACUCCAUGACCAACGGGUGCCUCAAGUCACCCGUGUCCAAUGGGGGCUUCAGCUUUGACGGACACAUGCGCAGCGAUGGCCAGGUCUAUCACACGGUUCAUAAGGACUCUGGUCUCUACAAGGACCUCCUUCACAAGAUCCACCUGGGCCGCCUGGAGGACGAGCGCAGCGGCUCACGUCCCGACAACAACUACCGUCACCGCCGCCGCAACAACAGCUAUACAUGUUACACAGCAGCCAUCUGCGGCAUGCCGGUGCAGCCCCUAAUGCGGUCGGAAUCCAGCGCCCCUCCUCCAGAAGACAGUGAGAAGCUAGUGGGCGACACAGUCUUCUAUUCGAAGAAGCGAUUGCGUUACGACAGCUAUUCCAGCUACUGUAACGCGGUUGCAGAGGCUGAGAUUGAAGCGGAGGAAGGUGACGUGGAUGUGAAGUUGGCAGCAGAUAAAAGGGAGCCCCGGGCCCCAGCUGAAGGGGUGCUGGAGGACUGUGUUGAUGAGGACAAGGAGGAGAAGGACAAGCCUCAAGUCUUCCUGCUCUUCCACUUCCUGCAAAUCCUGACCGCCUGUUUCGGAUCGUUUGCGCAUGGGGGGAAUGAUGUCAGUAAUGCAAUUGGCCCUUUGGUGGCCCUGUGGAUGAUUUACGAACAGGGUGGGGUGAUGCAGGAUGCGGCCACACCAAUCUGGCUGCUGUUCUAUGGCGGCAUUGGAAUCUGUACUGGACUGUGGGUUUGGGGUCGACGUGUCAUUCAAACGAUGGGCAAAGACCUCACUCCCAUCACCCCCUCCAGUGGAUUUUGCAUUGAAGUAAUGAGUGCUCUAACAGUGCUCGUUGCCUCAAAUGUGGGCAUUCCUAUAAGCUCCACCCACUGCAAGGUGGGCUCAGUGGUGGCGGUGGGCUGGAUCCGCUCCAAGAAGGCUGUGGACUGGCGUCUCUUCCGGAACAUCUUCCUGGCCUGGUUUGUGACCGUCCCUAUAGCAGGCCUCUUCAGCGCUGCUGUCAUGGCCCUGUUUGUCUACGGCAUACUGCCUUACAUUUGAGAUGGAAAAUGGGGAAGAGAGGGAGGUAUAGGAAGGUAAUGAUGAAAAAAUAAAACCCAGACGCAGACAGAAAAAGUGGACAGCCAGAGGGUGGGGGGAGUCUUCAAAUGCUGCCUGGAAAAGCAUCCAGAAUCAUUUGACUUAAAUAUCCUUAAUCUUGUCAAGAGUAUUUAUUUCCGUUUUGAUUUUCUAUUGUUUUGUUGAAAUGUUACCAUAAACCGUAAGAUCUUUGACUCAUGAUUUCAAAUGGUACAUUUUCAAAGUUCCAAAAAAUAACUCUCGUACAUUUGUGGUCCUACAUGUCCAAGGGAGUAAACAGAUGGAGAACUGGACACAUAUGCACAUACAAAUACUCAUACAAUUGUCAAUAUCGCAAAAAAAAAAAUAAUAUCAGUACAUGAUGAAUGGGACUAGAAAAUUGGUUUUAUGGCACAAUGUUAUGGCUA